CGUACUCCAAAAUGGCGGUGCCCUUGUUACAAUGGAGAUUGUUGGUUAUCACUUUUUAGCCAACUCAUGGUGAAUAUCUGCGGAUUAAGACCGUGACUGUCCGUGUUGGUGUAUUUAUUGUAUCGGCUUCAUGUUAAAGCCCAGCACAGCAGGUCCAUCCUCUGUCGCCUCUCCUCAGCCAAUGAAGGACUCCAAGGAGAAUUACUCAAUGACCAACCAAGGGAUGCUGGACCACAUCAAGCCGUGCUGGUACUGGGACAAGAAGGAUUUGGCCCACACGCCCUCUCAGUCAGAGGGCCUGGAUCCUGGCACAGAGGCUCGGUAUCGGAGAGAAGGAGCGCGCUUCAUUUUCGAUGUGGGGACCAGACUUGGCCUACACUAUGACACACUCGCAACUGGCAUCAUAUAUUUCCACCGUUUCUACAUGUUCCACUCUUUCAAGCAGUUCCCCAGAUAUGUGACGGGUGCUUGCUGCCUGUUCCUGGCGGGGAAAGUGGAAGAAACCCCAAAGAAGUGUAAAGACAUCAUCAAAACCGCUCGCAGCUUAUUAAAUGACGUGCAGUUUGCCCAGUUUGGAGACGAUCCGAAGGAAGAGGUCAUGGUGCUGGAGAGAAUUUUGCUGCAGACGAUCAAAUUUGACCUGCAGGUGGAGCACCCUUACAUGUUCCUGCUGCGCUACGUCAAGCAGCUGAAAGGUGAGAAGAAUAAAGUGUGCAAGGUGCUGCAGAUGGCAUGGACCUUUGUCAAUGACAGCCUGUGCACCAUGCUGUCUCUGCAGUGGGAGCCAGAGAUUAUCGCUGUAGCUGUCAUGUACCUGGCUGGCCGUCUUUGUAAAUUUGACAUCCAGGAGUGGACGGCCAAACAAUCGUCUCGCCGCUGGUGGGAGCAGUUUGUCCAGGACGUCCCAGUGGAGCUGCUUGAAGACAUUUGCCACCAGAUCCUGGACCUGUACUCCCAGGGGAACAAGCCCAUCCCUCAGCAGAUCCAGGAGAAGGAGCGGGCCUCUGUUCCUCCUCUCCCCGCUCCCCCGGUCCCACUGGGACAGCCGCCAGCCGCCAACCCUCCUCCCCCACCACCAAAGAAGACUUCCCCUCAGGGAGGCAGCCCUGCACGCCAGCUCAAACGCUCACAUACAUCCCCUAAAGAUGAACCAAAGGCUCCAGAACAAGUUGGAUCAAAGAUUCCCAGACUGGAGAGCCCCAUGCCCCCCCUGCCCACAUCACAGCCUCCACCAGGUAAAAAUCGCAAACCUGCAGCUCCAGCCCCUCCCACAGAGGCCGAACCAGGAAGUGAAACAGCUCCUCCACCCCCGCACGCCCCACCUCCUCAUCAGCCCCCUCCACUCCCCCAUCGCCCUCCUCCUCCUCCGCCCUCCAACUACAUCAUGUCCACCACCAGCUCCUACAUGUCUGGAGAAGGCUUCCAGAGCCUGCAGUCCAUGAUGAAGACAGAGGGUCCCUCCUACGCCCCCAUGCCUCCUAACUAUGCUCCCCCUAUACCACCAUACCACCCCCACGUCUACCCACCGCCUGCAGCACCACCUCCGGGCCCUCCACCGCCUCCAUCCUCGUAUCCACCGCCCAACUUGCCACCCACGUAUCCCCCACCAGGCUACAACAACUAUCCUCCACCACCUCCGCGCAUGCCGCCGGGCCAUGUGCCUCCUCCAGGUAUCGGUCUCCCACCUACCGGGUACCCUCCUCCACCUCCUGGGCCUCCAGGACAGCCACAGGUGCCGCUGCCCCCUCCACCUGGCAUGCCCCUGAACCGUGGCGGUUGGAUGAGAUGAGAAUGUGACAACGGAGUAUGAACUGAGUCUCUGCAGCUGUAAAGAAAGAACAAGCAGGAACUGAACAGAAGGAGAGCCUGAUCAGCUCCAGGCUGACUUAUGUUGUCGAGGUUCUUCAUGAAGGCUUCACAACAAAUCGUUCUGAAAGUCAAAGUGAGGUCUGGACGGGUCUCACCAGGUCAGGUUCUCAUAACCUCCAGUGUGGUGUUAUCAGUAGAACCUGACCCGUUGAGAAAACGUAACAGUUUUGAAUGGAUAGUUCAAACAUGUACAGGAUGGUACUAUUGUGCCCAGUUCCAGGAACUUGUAACAAAGACUGUCGGCUGUUUGUUAUUCUGGAAAUGUACCCGGAAAUGUUUGAACCCUGAACUUUUUAUUUGUGUUGUUUAGUCACACACACUCUUUCACUCAGUGUAAGGGGAUGCCAUGUACAAUUUUACUUAACCUUUAGGAGUUCAAAGAUGGAGUCUUUCUAUAUUCAGUUGGCCUGAUUGUGUUUGUUUUUCUCUUUGAUUGAUUUUCAUAAACACUCGUUCAUAUAAGUGUCUCUCUCCCUGCUAUCCUUUUCUCCACAUUCCUACUGUUUUGCUGAGAAAUCAAAGUGCAGUAACACGAGACGAUCGGACAUGUAGUCGUCUUGUUAUAAAAAGGAAAUAAUUUUUUUUUGUGAAUCUGUACAUGAACUUUAGAACAACAAGCCUGUUAUCAACCAUGUCUAACACUGGACAGUCUUACGUAUAUUUGUACAUAUCUGAUCUUUCCAGUUAGAGUCCUUUGAGAGUUUUAUUAUCCAUAUGUGCCUUAGCCAGGCUUCUCUUUUCUGUAUCCUGCACGCAGCUUUGGUUUGUGUCUGAGUCGGACUUAGGACAAUAAAGAACAGCUUUUCCUACUUUGAA